UAGAGAUCUGGCGGCGGAGGCGGGCGUGCGGGCCGCCAGGCACAUGGCAGCGGCGGGACGAGUAGAGGCAACAGGGUCUGUCAGCCGUCGAAAUAGAUGCCGGUCGAGUCUCGGCGCGGCAGCUGAUGAAUCCGCCGCAACUCGUCGAUGACGGCGCAACAUGCCAAGAAAGCGGGGAAGAAGCAGGGGAGGUGGCGGUUCGCGGGCGUCAUGCACAAUGCCCGAUGCCACAGUGGUUGAGUAUAAGAAUCGGCGGGGCCGCGGCGCCUUGCUCAACGCUCCCGCUUUGCAAUUUUUCUUCCUUCACUUUGACGCCUGUCUGUCAACCCUCAUUCUUGUUUCUCGGUUAGACACAUUGACUUGCCGUCUUUCCCAAUAACAACAACCAACCACCACCAUGGCUCCUCCCCACCCUUUUCAGGCCCACGCCCCCGACGGCCGCAAGAACGGCGACCUCUACCGCGACUACAAUGACGACCGCCAUGCCACGUCGCAGGACACUCUGUAUACCAUGAGCAACGGGGCUCCCUACCCGCACCCGUAUGAGACUCAGCGCAUGGGCGAGAACGGACCGCUGCUGCUGCAGGAUUUCCACCUGGUGGACCUGCUGUCGCACUUCGACCGCGAGCGUAUCCCCGAGCGUGUCGUGCACGCCAAGGGCUCCGGUGCUCACGGUUUCUACCGCACGACGGACCCGCUCGACGACCUCUGCGUCGCCGAUAUCUUCCAGGCCGGCAAGAUGUGCCCCAUCACUGUCCGUUUCUCUACCGUCGGUGGCGAGAGUGGCUCCCACGACUGCGCUCGCGAUCCCCGUGGCUUCGCUGUCAAGUUCCGCACUGACGAGGGCAACUGGGAUAUGGUUGCCAACAACACGCCCGUCUUCUUCCUCCGCGACCCCGCCAAGUUCCCCCACUUUAUCCACACACAGAAGCGCGACCCGGCGACGCACCUGUCGGGUGCGGACGACUCGACCAUGUUCUGGGACUACCUGUCGCAGAACCCCGAGUCGGUCCACCAGGUCAUGGUCCUCAUGGGUGACCGUGGUAUCCCCGAUGGCUACCGCUUCAUGCACGGCUACAGCGGACACACAAUGAAGUUGGUCAACAAGAAGGGCGACUGGGUCUACGCUCAGUUCCACUUCAAGUCGAAGCAGGGCACCCGCUUCCUCACGCAGCAGGAGGCCGGCACCAAGUCGCCCGACCACUCGCAGAAGGAUCUGUAUUUCGCCAUUGAGAACGGCGACUACCCUGGCUGGGAUGUGGCGGUGCAGACCAUGACGCCUACUGAGGCCGAGGAGCUGUGGGAGAAGCAGCGCAUCAACGUCUUUGACUUGACGCACAUCUGGCCGCAGAAGCAGUUCCCGCUGCGCAAGGUUGGCGAGUUCUUCCUCAACGAGAACGCGAAGAACUACUUCGCCGAGGUCGAGCAGGCCACCUACAACCCGGCGCACAUGCCCCCGGGUAUCGAGCCUUCAGCCGACCCCGUCCUGCAGUCUCGUCUCUUCUCUUACCCGGACACUCACCGCCACCGUGUUGGUGUCAACUACCAGCAGCUGCCCGUCAACGCGCCGCGCGUGCCGUACCGCAUGGCCAACUUCCAGCGUGACGGCAGCAUGGCCUUCUACAACCAAGGCUCGCGCCCCAACUACCUGUCGUCGAUCCAGCCCAUCAGCUUCCGCAACCGCACCAUUGACCUGAACAAGACGCACAGCCACUUCAUCGGCGAGGCCACGACCUUCCUGUCGGAGAUCCGGCCGGAGGACUUCAACGCGCCGCGCGCGCUGUGGGAGCGCGUCUUCGACGACGGCGCCAAGGAGCGCUUCAUCAGCAACGUGUCGGGCCACAUGAGCACCUGCCGCGAGAAGGAGAUUAUCAAGCGGCAAAUUGCCAUCUUCCGCGAGGUCAGCGAGGACAUGGCCUCGCGGCUGGAGAAGGCGACGGGCGUCAAGGGCUACGACGGCAUCUCGGGCCUGCGCUUCAACGGCUCCCACAACGGCAUGGCGCGCAGUGCUGACUUGCGCGCCGCUAACGGCCAGGAGCCCAAGGCCGGCUUCUCGGCUACGGACAACAAUGGCGCGCCGCGCAAGGGUACGCACAACCUUGAGCUGCUCAAGCAGUAGAGGCCGCGCUCCUUAUGAGGACAUGACUGGUCGGAUAUUGUUUUUUUUUACGCGUUGAUGAUAGCCUGUGUAUACUCUUGAUUUGAAUGGAGCGAAAUGGAAUCUUUCUUUUGAUUGACGCACAAACAGCGUGCUCUCUCCUCGCUUUUUGUCAGAAUAUGCUUUUGUGAUCCGAGGGAAGUAGGCAUGAUGAUGAUGGGAACCAGAGCGUAGCAGUGACGUCAGCAAAGCGUGGCGUAUUUAGUUUAAUGAGAAGUGGUUUAUGCCGUUGG